AUGUUGGAUGAUACACCAUGUUUUCCUGAUAUUGAACAAGCAAUCAAUCGUUAUUUUUCUAAAUUAAAAAAUCGAUAUUCAAUGUUGUUAACAUAUCAUCCAACAAUCGAUUGUGAACAUGGUCGUUAUUUAUUAUUGAAUAGUGCAUUAGGAUCUCGUAUUAUACAUGGUACUGGAUCAGAAUUAAUGUGGUAUUUAGGUGUUCUUAAUGUAGAAUAUAAAUUAAAUUUAACAUUAGUACAUUUAGAUUGGACUGCAGAACAUUCGGGUGAUGAAAAAAAUACUGAUAGAGAAAAAUAUUGGCAGUUUUUCGAUUGGGAAAUUCCUUAUUCAGCAUAUCAUACAUGUCCAAAAAAUUCAUCUAUUAAACAAAAUAUAUUUCAAUAUAAUUUAAUAGUGAAUCAAACAUUUGAUCAACAUCAUAAUGGUAAACAAUCAUUUACAAUUAAGUCUUAUUUUCAAACAAGAUUUAAUCAUUUCAUAGAUAAUCUUCAAAAACAUAGUAACAAAUCAAAUAAUAAUAUUGGUUUUACAUUUUAUUCUAGUCAAACUUUUACUAUCACAUCAUCACUCAUGGAAAUGGGUAUCGUUUUUGAAAUUCGAUGGUGGUUACAACAUCGAAAAUUAUACAAUAUACAUACUGGUGUUUGGUCAGGUAUUCCUAUUUCGUCUAAUUAUCAACCAAUUGAUUAUUUUCAAUAUAUUACACCAAACACGACCAUUACUAACAACAGUAUAACUAUUUCUGAAACAGAUAAGAAUAUUAACAUCGAUUUUUUUCAAUGUUCAUCAAUUGAUAUGCAUGAUGUUUUAUUGAUUGGAGUACACAUACGUCAUGGUGAUGUUGUAAAACGAGAUAAUCAAGGUCGUAUAAUAUCAGGUGAUCUAUAUCGUUAUAUAGCAAAUUCAGCUUAUGCACCACUAUUAAUUUUUAUUAUUAAUGCAUUACCUACUCAUAUAAAAAAUAAGUAUUUGAUUACUAUUUAUAGUGAAGGUGUAAUAGAUGAUUUUCAUGAUAUACUCAUUGAUUUAAAACAAGUUUUACCUGAAUCACGUUGUCAUGUAUCAUUUUUUUUAAAUGGUCGAACAUCAGAAACAUUUAAUCGUUUACUACGUGAUGAUAUUUUAAUUAGUGCAUUAAGUACAUUUAGUAUGGCUGCUGGUAUAUUUAAUAGUCGACAAUUAAAAAUAGGACCAUAUCAUAAUCGAGCUAGAGUACAUGGAAUGAGAAAUUAUUUAAGUUUAGGUUUAAAUACAAAUCAUACUAAAUUUCAAAUUACAGAAGAAAAACAGCAACUAAUUAAACAAAGAAUAGAAUAUGUAUGGAAACAAAAACAAGCACAACAAAAAACUCAAUUUCCAUUAUGGUUAGAUAACUAUUCCUCGAAUUAUCCAGAAGAAUUUAUGUUAAUUUAA